GCAUCCUCACACUCGCACAAUCAGCCAAGAUGUCUACGUUCAAGCAGGAACCACACAAACUUCUUGUCAUCCCCGGGCCCAUCGAAGUUACCGAUGAAGUGCUCUACGCGAACGCGCACCCGUCCAUGUCCCACGUCUCCCCCGACUUCAUCCCCGUCUUCGGCGACUGCCUACGCAUGACGCGCCAGGUCCUCUACACCACCACCGCCCAGCCCUUCCUCAUCUCCGGCUCAGGCACCCUCGGCUGGGACCAGGUCUCGGCCAACCUCGUCGAGCCCGGCGAGAACGUCCUGGUGCUGAACAGCGGCUACUUCGGAGAUAGCUUCACGGACUGCUUGCAGACGUACGGCGCGACAGUAGACCAACUCCAUGCGCCCUUCGGCGCAGCCGUAGACCUCAAGACGCUCGAGGUCGCGCUCCACAGCAAGUCGUACAAGCUCGUCGCGUUCACGCACGUCGAUACCUCCACUGGCGUACUUUCCGACGCAAAGGGCAUCGCAGAAGUCGUCAAGCGAGUCUCCCCAGACACACUAACUGUGCUAGAUGGUGUGUGCUCGGUCGCGAGCGAAGAGAUCCAGAUGGACGCGUGGGGGAUCGAUGUUGUCCUUACCGCGAGCCAAAAGGGCCUCGGGACGCCACCUGGGCUCAGUAUCCUCGUCGCGAGCCAGAAGGCCAUCAAGGUCUUCGAGACGCGUAAGAGCCCCGUGACCUCGUACUACGCGAGCUGGAAGAAGUGGCUCCCAAUUAUGCGCGCAUACGAGGCCGGGUCCGCCGCGUACUUCGCGACGCCGCCCGUGAACCUCAUCUACGCAUACAACGCGUCGCUCACUGCGAUCACGCAGAAAUCGCCCUCGCUCGCGGACCGCUUCCGCCUGCACAAGGAUGCGUCCGCGCGCAUAAAGAGCGAGGCCGAGGCGCUCGGGUUCCGGCAGCUCGCGGUCGACCCUACGCUCGCUGCGAACGGCAUGACCGCGCUGUACUUCCCCGACGGGCUCGUCGCGUCGGACCUGCUCCCGCGCCUCGCGAAGCGCGACAUCGUCGUCGCGGGCGGGCUACACAAGGACUACAAGGAGAAGUACUUCCGUAUCGGCCACAUGGGCGUGUCCGUCGUCGACGCGCAGCGCGGAGACAUCGACCGGGUCAUCGCGGCGCUGAAGGAAAGCCUGGCGGAAGCAAAAGCCAGCAAGAACGUGUAAGAACCAGAGCAGCAGUGCCCCCUCCCCGUGUAAUAGAAUCGUAUACCUUGAGCUCAUCGCCCGCCCGUACGGUUGUCAUGUGCUUCCCGACCUAAAACGAAAACGAAACGAAAAC